GUCCAAUUUGCUUUUUAGCAUUGGUUCGCACCUAAGGCACCUUCCCAAUUCAGCUUCUAACGAUGACACUUUGUAGCACGUUUUCCAACUUCAACAUUCACAUAUUAAAAAACAACAAGGGUUCCUUUUCUCGUCGAUUUCAACUCUCUCAGAAGCUGGAUGACGAUAAUUUCAUUGAUAAAAUCAAACGAAGAGAGCUCAUACUGGAAAGUGGAGAAUUAGCAACCAUUGGUGCCAUCUUCAACUUUAGAGGCAAAAAGCCAGAUUAUCUUGGAGUGCAGAAAAAUCAACCGGCAUUAGCACUAUGUCCGGCAACUAAGAACUGCAUAUCGACAUCUGAAAAUGUCACUAACCUCACACAUUACACUCCUCCUUGGAACUACAAUCCUGAAGGUAGGAAAGAUCAUGUGAGCAGAGAAGAGGCAAUGGAGGAACUGAUAGAUGUGAUAGAAUCGACAAUACUACCAGAAAAUUUUACACCAAGGAUUGUAGAAAGAACAGAAGACUAUCUUAGAUUGGAAUACCAAAGCCCAAUCUUGGGGUUUGUGGAUGAUGUUGAGUUCUGGUUCCCACCAGACAGGGACUCGGUCGUGGAGUAUCGAUCAGCAUCCCGAUUAGGAAACUUUGAUUUUCAUGUCAAUAGAAAGAGAAUCAAGGCAUUGCGACUAGAGUUGGAAAAGAAAGGAUGGGCAUCUCAAGACUCAAUUUAGGACAUCCUAACCCUAACCCUUAAUAACAUAGUGUAAUAUAUUUAGUAUAAAGUGGAAGUUUAAAAUAGUUAAUAUUAAAGAUGAACACACUUGACCAUCUCAAAACUUUUUCUACUUAAGAGGAUUAGUUAUUUCCCCUCAAUUUUUGAGGAUCACAAUAAAAACUAUAUUGACAUUUGCAAGAAAAAUUAAUUGCUAUUGUAUUUAAUAUUGGAGUUAA